AUCUAAUUUCUAAUAUAAAUAAUGGCAUAGCCAACUCCAAGAAUCAUAAAAGAGACAUAAAACUUAGCAAAAGACAAGGUUUAAGGUAUUGAAGUGACUCCUAAUCCUGCAAAUUUCAAACAUUUUUUUGUUAUAAUUUCAGGGCCUCCCAAUACUCCAUAUGAAGGCGGAGUUUUUGAUGUUGAAUUGUUAUUACCAGAUGAUUAUCCUAUGGUACGUUUAUUACUUACAUCGUUAGUCCCCACCAAAAUGUGUAUUCAAUACAAAGAUCUAUCAUCCAAAUAUUGAUAAUUUAGGAAGAAUUUGUUUGGAUGUGUUAAAAGACAAGUGGUCUCCUGCAUUAUAAAUAAGAUCAAUUUUGCUAUCAAUUUAGGUGUUACUGAGCUCACCUAAUCCUGUAAUUUAAUUUUCUAUAACUUAAGGAUGAUCCAUUAAACAAUGAAGCAGCCAAUUUAUGGAAAGCAAAUGAAGCCCAAGCACUAAUGAAAGCUAGAGAAUUCACAUUGAAAUAUGCAAAAAAACAUUGAUAUGUUUGAUUUAUUGGAA